AUGACUUCCCGAGAAUUUCGUCAGGGACAGUUGACUCUGCGAUCUGCGCCCAGCUUAUGUGAAAUGGCAAGAGUAUUGUCAUAUCCACGUUUAAUAUCAAUGGAGAAUUUUCGUCAACCAAACUUUCCUCUAGUGGCUGAACUGAUGAAGUGGCUAGUUAAGCAAUACGAUCCUCAACCUGAUAUUCCUCAAGAUAUUGACGGCGAACAAGAUCGUGUGAUAUUUAUCAGAACUGUUGCACAAAUUAUUGCUAUCAAAGCACAUAUGAAAUUAAAUACAAAAAAACUUUAUCAAGCUGACGGCUAUGCCGUAAAAGAAAUUCUCAAAGUCAUUACACCAUUGUACAAAGCAUUACGCGAUAGUGAAGAAAAAGAACUUGAAGAGGAUGAAGAAACUGGUCAUCAUUAUCGAUAUGCGAUGAAUGAUGAUAUAAGUACAUUAAAAAAUGCACGUACAUUAUGUUCAACAAUUACCCAAAAGGGCGCUAAUUUGCACGAAUUGCUUGGAAAAGAACUUGAUGCAAGAGAAGCUCGACAAGAAGUUAUUAAUCGAAGUAUGGAAUUGUCAGAAGUUGAAGACGGAAUUAAAGAGGCUGCAAGAGCUGCUAAACAUGAAUUAGACAAAUAUCAGAAAAUGGUUGAUAAUGUACAGAUCGAUGAACAAGCAUUAGAUGAAAAAAUUGCAAAAAGAAGGGAAGAAAAAGACAGGCAUCAAAGACGGUUGGAUAUGUUAAGAAGCGUUAGACCAUCAUUUAUGAAUGAUUUUGAAAAGUUCGAGGAGGAAUUAGACAAUCUCUAUUCGAACUACGUAUUAAAAUUUCGUAUUGCAUCCUAUUUGGAAAAAGAACUUGAUGGACAUUUUAAAAAUCAACGAGAAAAAGUUCAGGAAGUAUCUAGACAAUAUAUGCAGUCAAUCAAUUCACAUAUCACCGAACAAGAGCAACAAAUGCUUAAUAGUCAACUGAAUGAGCCAAAUGAAGAUAUAGGCGAACAUAGUGAUGAAGAAGAAAGUGAGGAUACAAGUGAAAAUGAAAGUGAUGAAGAUCUGAGACAACAAAAUAUGAACAUGAAACUAGGAAACGCAAAAUCUUUCGGUGCGAUGGCGGCUGACUUGAGUGACGAUGAACAACCACAGGAUGAAUAUGACAAUGAAGACGCGGAACUAGCCGUCGUUCAGCAACAGAAGAAAACGGGAAGUAAUCGAAAACGACAACAGCAAAGAAUGCCAUAUGAUGAUGAUGAAAAUUUUUGA